GUUUUGUCUAUCCCCAUCAUAGCCAGACGUCCCCUUCCCCGUCCCCUUCCCAAUGCGCCGUGCUAAGCGGGUUGCUGAGACUUGAGCUUUCCAGCAGAGUUUCGAACCACCAAAGCUCCUGCUCUCUUUGUUUCCUUCCAUUCCUUCCAUUUUUUCUUUUUUAUCAAAAUGUCGAAAAAAAUGAGCUUCACCCCUUGGGCGCCCGCAAGGACGCAAUACAAAGAUAAAGACAACCUCAGCAUUCAUGUCCGCCGUUUUGAUGAGUCGUAUAUGGUACGUGUCCAGAAGAUACCUAUAUCUCCCAAUGGCUCCCCACAAGGUACGUACCUACAGUAGUAGCACGUCACUAACGCGGUAGUUCCCCACAGGCGUCGGUGAUGCGCCGCAGUCCCGCACGAAAGGCCAUUCGAGGCGGAGCACUAGCCAUAUUUGUGUUGACCAUCAUCUAUUACUUCUCCGGUUCCUUCUCCAGCUCGUACGUCGAAGUAAAGGAUGCGACGAAUUAUCCCAUAUGGCCGGAGCAAUACCCGGUGGUAUCCCCAAUUCCAAUGCCUCGCGGGGCAAAGAAGGUGUCAAAGAUCCAACACGACCUCGUGCCGGAAACUGCACAGGCGAAACAGCUGCGAUUGAAGCGUUUGGCCGAGGUGAAGGAGGCUUUCCUGCACGCGUGGAGGGGAUACAAGAAUGAGGCUUGGGGACAAGAUGAAUUGAAGCCCAUUGAAGGCGGAUACAAGACACCUUUUUGCGGCUGGGCUGCGACGUUGGUGGAUGCGCUGGAUACUCUGUGGAUUAUGGAGCUGUACGACGAAUUCGAAUUGGCAUUGAAGCAUGUAGAGAAGAUUGAUUUUACGUAUAAGGAAGGGUGCCAGAUUAAUUUAUUUGAGACGACCAUUCGCCAUUUAGGUGGCAUGCUGGCUGCGUGGGAUCUCAGUGGCGGCCAAUAUCCAAUUUUGAUUGAGAAGUCAGUGGAAUUGGCAGAAAUUCUAUUUACAGCUUUUGAUACGCCCAAUCGCAUGCCCACCCCCCAUUACACCUGGUCUGCGUAUGUAUUUUCUUUAUUCUUUCGCUGGAAAAUGUGCUAAUUGGGCAACAGAACUAACCCUAAAGCAAAUAACCACCAGCCCAGUCGAAGUAUCGUCCUGGCUGUACUCGGAUCCCUUUCCCUCGAAUUCACCCGACUGUCACAGAUUACUGGGAACGAGAAGUAUUUCGAUGGCAUACAAAGAGUGAUGAAUGAACUGGAAAAAUGGCAGGACGAAACAGGGUUGCCUGGGAUGUGGCCCGCAACCGUUGAUUCCACCAGGGUCAAUGAGACAAUUGCUCUCGGUUCUCCAUGGAAAGGCGUCGAAGAGCUCUACACACUGGGUGCAUUGGCCGAUUCAACUUAUGAGUACCUCCCAAAGGUAAUUGUUGUCCUUCGAAGUGCGAUGGGCCAUACUGACAUUUAUAGCAAUACAUGAUGCUUGGUGGAAAAGACCUAACAUACCGAGUCAUGUAUGAAAAAUUCAUGAAAGUAGCGCGAAAAGAUCUCUUCUUUCGACCUAUGACAAUGGGAGACGAAGACAUUUUGAUAGCAGGAUCCGUUAUGCGGACUGCAGGUGGCCCUAUCACGCUUAAACCCGAACUUCAACAUCUUGCAUGUUUUACUGGAGGAAUGGUAGCUAUUGCAGGAAAGAUCUUUGAUAAUCCAGAUGAUGUGGAAGAUGGAGCUAGACUUGCGAAUGGCUGCGUCUGGGCUUAUCGAAGUACCGUCUCUGGAAUCAUGCCGGAAACUUUCACGGCUGUCCCUUGUAAGGAUAGAAAGACUUGCUCUUGGGAUCAGAAGACUUGGAUGAAAGCCGUUCUCGAAUCCGGAGACGAGACGGAAGUAAGCGACAAGGUUAUGUAUAAUAAGCUUGCGCCUGGGAUGGUGGGGAUUCAGGAUGGACGGUAUCUUUUGAGGUAUGUGGAUUUCUUCUUUUCUAUAAUUAUUCCUUUUCCCACUUUCACGGCUUGGAAAAAAGCUACCUUCCUCCCUACGAAACAAGCCCCCAAAUCGGGUUCGAAACAAAUCACAUCACCUCAAACACCCCUCAGACCAGAAAGCUAACAAAUUCCCAGACCCGAAGCAAUCGAAUCCGUCUUCAUCCUCCACCGCAUUACCGCCGACCCAUACUGGGCGAACUCAGGCUGGGACAUGUUCAAAUCCAUCAUGGCGCACACGAAAACCGACAUCGCCCACUCGGCGGUAGAUAACGUGAUGGACGCGCUGCCCGUCAAGGUCGAUGAGAUGGAGAGUUUCUGGUUGGCGGAGACUCUCAAGUAUUUCUAUAUGCUGUACUCGGAUCCGGGGGUUGUGGAUCUAGAUGAGUUUGUCUUGUGAGUUUUUCCUUUUCGACGGGAAAAGAUUGAUGUAGGUGUUUUGAGUGUUUUUACUAAUGUGUGAGAUAUAGAAAUACGGAGGCUCAUCCUUUGCGGAGACCUAGGUGAAGCAAAAGCAGAUGAAAGGUCAGGCCAGGGCAUUUUUUGAGAAGGAGUAAAGAUGGGCCUCUCUUGUACUUUUUUCUCUUUGUUUGGAUGAGAUUGCAUGUAUGCAUAUUUGGCGUUUUACGGGGUGGUCUGGGUUUAUAGCAUUUUCGUUUUUUGGGGGGAGCGAGAUGGGGGGAGAGGAAAUAGGAAUCUUUGGAUCUUAGGAGCUUAAGGGGUUAGCGUAAUAGGACAGAGAGAUGACUUUUAGAUUUUCUAUGGUAAGAGAGGUGGGCAUGACUCUGUUCACGCGAUUCAAAGUUGUUAUGCCAAAAGUCUGGCACAACUUUAUUAAUUGUCCUCAUUUACCUAGGUUCACAAGGAGUGAGAAGUAUCAAUUAUCCAAG